AUGAGAGUGCCACUGCUGCUGGCCCUUUUCACCUUGAUCGCCGCCGUUUGGGCAGGUGGCUAUCAGGGCGUAUUGGAACGAGUUAUGCUCUAUUAUGCAUACGAGAUUGAUCAGCUUAAUCCAGAGGGCGACCGCACCAUCGGCUUCUGGUGCGGACAGGAAGUCAACGACGCGGGCAUAUGCCCAGAUGAAGAUGGAUGGAAGCCCCCUCUAGGGCACAAUCCGCCCAACUCUAGAUCCAACUUCAACCAGCUCGUUGGCCCCCUAAGCAGAUUGAGAGGCGACGGCCAGCAAUCUUUCGCCAGGGACGCCGGCGGCAACCCUUUGCCGUUCAACGAUGGCAUCACUGGGCUUGAUAUAGAGCAGACGGCUCACAACCUUUACCAUGAAAUUACCAGCGCUCCCGGACGUAGAGUCCGUAACACGCCCGCAUACAAAAUGAGAAAGGUCACCACGAACAGUUAUGUCAAAUUUCUUAGUGGUCUGGGCAAAUUCGUCCAACAAACGGCCGAUAAGAACGACAAUUUCGAUAACCACCGCGAUCUUUUCAAGGGCUUUCAACGAGCCAAUCAGCUCGUGCUUGAAGCCCGCAUGGGAGACCACGGGCAGCGCCAAAUCCAGAAUAUUCAAAAUAGGCUCGCGGGUACCGGCAUUAAUGUCAAAACCAAGACUGUGGGUGGAGGCACCAACCCCGUCCACUGGCGGUGCUUGGGACGUGGUUGA